AUGUAUAAAAUCACAGAUGAAGACGCGGUGAAGAGAUACUACGCUAAGUUUGAGGAGCGUUUCUUCCAGACCUGCGAGAAGGAGCUGCUGAAAAUCAACACCUUCUACUCGGAGAAGCUAGCCGAGGCUCAGCGUCGCUCGGCCACGCUGCAGAAUGAGCUGCAGUCGUCUCUGGACGCUCAGCGCGAGAGCAACGCUCCGCCCGGCCUGCGGAGACGUAAGACCAUGUUCCACCUGUCCCAGGAGGAGCGCUGCAAACACCACAACAUCAAGGACCUGAAGCUGGCAUUCAGCGAGUUCUACCUCAGCCUCAUCCUGCUGCAGAACUACCAGAACCUGAACUUCACGGGUUUCCGUAAGAUCCUGAAGAAGCACGAUAAGAUCCUGGACACCCCCCGCGGGGCCGACUGGCGCGUGGCUCAUGUGGAGGUGGCUCCUUUCUACACCUGCAAGAAGAUCACUCAUCUCAUCUCAGAGACAGAGACUAUCGUGACCACAGAGCUGGAGGGAGGAGACCGUCAGAAGGCCAUGAAGAGGCUCAGAGUUCCUCCUCUGGGGGCGGCUCAGCCCACUCUGGCCUGGACCACCUUUCGUGUUGGACUCUACUGCGGCUUCUUCAUCAUCCUCGCCAUCGCCUUCAUUCUCUCUGGUGCUGUGUUCGUACGCUUUGAGAACAUUUGGCCUCUGGUGCGUAUCUACCGCGGCGGCUUCCUGUUGAUCCAGUUCCUCUUCCUGUUGGGCAUCAACACUUACGGAUGGCGGCAGGCCGGAGUCAACCACGUGCUCAUCUUCGAGAUCAACCCCCGAAACAACCUCUCACACCAGCACCUGUUCGAGAUUGCGGGUUUCCUGGGAGUGUUGUGGUGCCUCAGCAUCCUCUCCUGCCUCUACUCGGACUACACUUACCUCCCCAUGCAGAUCAACCCGCUCAUCCUCUACGGCUUCAUGCUGCUCUUCCUCAUCAACCCCUUCAAGACCGGAUACUACAAGUCUCGCUUCUGGCUCCUCAAGCUGCUGUUCCGCGUGUUCACGGCUCCGUUCCACCGGGUGGAGUUUGCAGACUUCUGGCUGGCCGACCAGCUGAACUCUCUGGUGUUCGUCCUGAUGGACCUGGAGUAUCUCGUCUGCUACUACAUCUUCGAGCUGCAGUGGAGCAACAGCAGAGGGCUGCUGCCCCGCGACCAGGACUCUGGAGGUCAUGUGUGCCACAGCUACUCGUACGGGCUGCGCGCCGUCAUCCAGUGCCUGCCCGCCUGGUUCCGCUUCGUCCAGUGUUUGAGGCGCUACCGAGACACAAAGAGGGCGUUCCCCCACCUGGUGAACGCUGGGAAAUAUUCCACCACCUUCUUCGUCGUCACCUUCGCCGCGCUGUACGCCACGCACAGAGAGCAGGGCCACACGGACGCUGACAUGUUCUUCUACCUGCUGAUCGUGUUCUCCAGCAUCAGCUCGCUCUACACUCUGAUCUGGGAUCUGCGGAUGGACUGGGGUCUGUUCGACCGCGGGGCCGGAGAGAACACCUUCCUGAGGGAGGAGAUCGUUUACCCUCACAAGGCGUACUACUACUGUGCGAUAAUCGAAGAUGUGAUUCUGCGUUUCGCCUGGACGAUCCAGAUCUCCCUCUCCACGACCACCAAGAUCCACUCUGUGGGAGACAUCGUUUCCACCGUGCUCGCCCCCAUGGAGGUCUUCAGGCGCUUCGUGUGGAACUUCUUCCGGCUGGAGAACGAACACCUGAAUAACUGCGGUGAGUUCAGGGCCGUCAGGGACAUCUCGGUGGCUCCUCUGAACGCAGACGACCAGACGCUGCUGGAGCAGAUGAUGGACUCUGAGGAGGGCGUCCGCAACCGCUCCGGGAAGAAGACGUGGAAGAGGUCGUACAGCCUGUCGCUGCGGCGCCCCCUGCUGGGCACAUCACUAUCAAAAAAGGACACAAAGGUGCUAAUCGAAGAUACGGAUGAUGAGGCCUUCAGCUGAGUCAACACUACACACACACACACACACACACACACACACACACACACACACACACACACACACACACACACACACACACACACACACACACACACACACACACACACACACACACUUUAAAGUAGAAACACAUGAAAAUAAACCUGCUGAAGCACAAACACGGUGUAAUAGCUACAGACGGACAGAAGGGAAACACACACUGCCUGGGAUUGGGUUUUUAAAGGAAUUGUUAUUACGUUAAUUUUGAGAUAUUUGUAUUUCUUUAGGUUUUUCCUUUUCUUUUCCUGAAGCUGAAAGACGACUGUUUACACGCCUUUUUUCUAACGACACUAGGAUCAACAGGGAGAAGUCAAGCCAAUCAAAACACUGGAUAUUAACCUCUAAACACCCGAGGAAGAACUACAGCAUAUCAAAACCAAUCAACUGCUUUCAGCGUGUUGAUUCUUUUAUACUCCAUCUUUGUUUCUUCUUGAGUUUUAACCUCAGAGUAUAAUCACACCCUGCAGGAAAGGUUUAUUUAAUACACGAACAAACAACAACUUGUACACAAACGGUUGCUUCAAACAUGUCUGAGAAGUUGCUUUGUAAUAUAUUUAAUACAUUUUAACAUGCAUUAUUACUCUGUUGUUCUUGUGUUGUUUGUACUAGAGAGACUUGUGCAGAGCGUCCAUACGAUGAUUGUCGAUGUGUUUUUUAAACUUCUGAAUGUUUUUCUCCGCCACGUUUUUAAUAAGCUCAUAGUUAGACCUCAGAUUGAAGCGACCUGUGAAUCAUCUUAAAGUGCCCGUUAGCUUUUACUUUGCAUUAACUACCAAAGCUUUAUUUUUAUGAAUGUGUCCAUGCAGACUGUACACGCUCGUUUAUGAUUGUUGUUUUUACUAAUGUUCGCAGCUGUGUCGUUGGAAAUCCCAGUAAUAUGAGGAGAAAUGUGUCAAAUAUUAUGUGAUUUAAUGCUUUAAAUGUUUAGUUUAAUUGUUAACAUGCCAAUGGUUCACACAUUUGGAGCGCUUUUAUUGAAUUAUUCUGAUUAAUUAAGGUUUAAAUAGCCGACCAAAGCAAGCUAGCUUUGUUAGCAUUAGCUAUCAAGGCUAGCUAGCAUAAGUUAGCUAGCCUUGUUAGCAAUUACAUUGAAAUUGGCCUAUUUUAUCCCUAAUUUCCCCAAAAUGAAUCUUCAAAGUGUGACAUGACAGAAAAUAGCCAUUUAUAUAUUAAGACUGUAGUGUGUGUUGCCAGAAUGGGCUACUUUUUAUUUAAUUAUACGUAUUAAAAAAACGUAUUUGGGAAGCUAAUGCUAAUUACGGCUAAUUUGUGUAGCACAUGGGUGGCUCCAACAAAACGUACCUCUAACAGUGUUUCUCAAACUUUUUCAUACCAAGGACCACUUAACCAAUAAAAAAACACUCGAGGACCACCUAACUCCACAAAUAUCCAAAAACACAUCGUUUUUUACAAAUCGCCUGAAAAUUGUACAAACAAGUGGCAACAUGUGUGAUGAAGGUGUUUAUCUGGGCUAUAUCAUGCAAUCGAAAGUGAAACUUAAACUCGCUCCAUUGCGGAGAUAUUCCCGCGAGAGUGCGGAAAACUUUAAUUAAUUAAUUAAUAAAAAAUGUGAAAUUUUAUUCGAUUUUAAACAAAAUGCACAUGCACAAUAUUCCCAGCCAAUAUUUGAAACAAAACAAUGUGGUUAAUAUUUUGAGGAUUUGGCAACUUUGAGGGUCUUUUUCAAUACAUGCGGUCGGUUGCAAUCCAAUCUCUCUUUAACAGUAAAAUAUGUAUAAACUGUGACACGUUUUCACCACAUCUUGUUGUUUGUCGCUAAUGUUCACUCAUGUUAGCACUUUUAAACUAUUUUAAGUGUUGUUAAAUGUUAGAUUAAAGAUAAGGAACCAGGAGAAACGUGCUGUACAUCUGAUAUCCAUUAUAAGCCCUAUAAGUUAUUUUUAAACCAGCUGCUCAAACGUAAAGAGCUGUUUCUUAUCAUUUCAAAGUGUUGUCCUGCUAUCUGGCUAAAGAUGCUAAUUUAAAUGCUGUUUGACUUCCUGUUUGACCCCCCCCCCCCCCAGCUGCAGCACGACAAUACUUCUGUUUGUAGAAAACUGAACAGCUUCUGUGUGCAAAGAGCCAGAAAAAUGUAAAAAAUGUAGAAGGGUAGCUUCCUGCGUCAUUAUAACACACUGCACACACACACACACACACACACACACACACACACACACACACACACACACACACACACACACACACACACAGCAGAUAGUUUUGUACAAAGGCUGUUGUCUUGCCUGCAUGCUGCUUUAGUUCCCCAUUGUACAUAGUUCUUAAUUUAUUACAUGUAUAUUAGCGAUCAUUGUGGCCACCGUGACAAUGGUUGAUUUCAUACUUCGAGACAAGCAGUAUUUUUUAAGGUGAACGAGGUUUUUCUGUUUUUGAUCCUGCACUCAUGUGGAAAUCUGUUGACAAUGUGUUUGUAUAAAAAAAAAAAAAGAUCCAUGGAGAAGUGGAGACUGUGAUUGGUUGUUUUUCUCGUUGUCUUUUUUCAAAGCUUUUACGUCCAGGAGGAGCUGUGAUACUGUGUGUACAUCUGUGAAUGUGCAUGAAAAAAAUAUACUGUGUUGUAAAAGCAGAAGCACUUUGACCCACAUCAUGCCGUCAACUCCAAAAAACCUGCCUGGAUUUUAUCUGAAGCAUUUCUAAAGGUGCUUCUCUGUAAAACAAAGUGUGUGUAGCCCUGUGACUAAACUAAAACAGGGUUAUUUUGUACAGUUGUUCCCCCUUUAUGAUGUUAAAGUGCUCGAUGUUUCCUCUCUCGAUGUUGUUUCUCUAAUCCAGUAAUGAUAGUACUGUAGUUUGGUAGGCUGUACUUUGAUAAGACAGAUAUUAGAUAAAUACAUCGUGGCUAAAUGUGAUUUUAAAGAGUCAGUUUUUCCAGUUUGUACAUGUUGCGUGUAAAACUCCGUCCUGCGAUGGUUCUGAUGGUAUUUGUAUUUCUGUAAACACUUUGGUGAUCCUGUCAUAUCUGGGUUUUAUAAACCACGGUUAUUUUUAAAACUCG